CCGCCCGCUAAACAGAUGCAAUCUGGAAGGCAAACCGAGUGCACUGCGUCUUCAUUGCUCCUGAAUGUUACCUGUAUUUGCAGGGAUUUCAUUUUUGUUAUGGUGGCACCAUCCCUGGGGCCCGUAACAAAUUGUGGGGGCUCGUCCGGGAUCCACUUCCAAUAGACUCGUCGACGGAAGAGGGUCCAGAGAUAUCAGAACCAUCAGGCCAACGCGAGGUGACGUUGCUGUAGCCAAGACGACAGCUGGUGAGUGUCCGUGAGGGGAAGCCAAGAUUCAGGCGAGGAUCUUCGUUCUGCCAAGGGAACUGCACUGCUGUGUCUCACCAGUGGAAGCACAUCAUGUCAACAGCACGCAAGGAGCUGGUUUGGAGCAUCAAAAAGAACCUGUAUAGGCUUUCAGGUGGGGAAGCCUACCAGCUAGCAAGAGACAUUGCAACUGACUAUCCAGGUGAUGAGUUAGAACCCACUGAUGAAGAAGGUUGUGUGGAAUGCAUUAUUAAAUAUAUGCAGUCUGAUGCCUUGUUACAAUCUGAAGAUGAAGGAAUGAGUCAGCUGCUAGUGUUAAAUGAUAUGUUGUGCAGCAUAAUUGAAAAUCGUGAUUUGCUUAACAUAGUGCAUAAGGUUGCACAGUCACAGGACAAUGUUAAUGUACCCGCUAAGACAGUAGAGUGCACCACACUCACACAUGCUGCCUCCCAUCAGUCACCACCAGUUACUGAUGCUCUACAGCACACUGACUUUGGUGCACAGACACCCAACACCAAUCAAAGCUUAACCCAGGCUAGAAUCACACGAGGUGAGCUGGGUAAGCAGCCACAGCAGUUUGGAACUUGGAGUAACCCACAACCCAGUGAGGUGCACAGUACACAUGACACAGCAUCACGUGCUACAUUAUGUCAUACUCCAUCACAUGUAGCCAGUGAGAGGAUGGUUUCCAUAAAGGACCUCUCUUACCUCCAGCGGAGGGAAUUUAAGGUACACGGUGGACAGAUUGGGGACCACAACUCUGACAUAACUUACAGCAGCAUGUGCAAACAGAUUGAUGAAGGAAUCAGAGAGGGUUUUACAGAUGCUGAGGUAAUCCGAGGUGUACUGAGGAUAGUGAAGCCAGGUGUCUUCAAGGACAUGCUCAUCAACAAAGAGGAAAUCACCAUCAGUGAAAUCAAGAGCUUCCUCCGAUCACACUUGGGCGAAAAGGCCAGUACUGAAUUGUUCCAAGAACUAAUGUGUGCAAAACAGAAUGACCAAGAAACCCCCCAACAGUUUCUGUACCGUAUGAUUGGGCUCAAACAGAAGAUCCUUUUCCAGUCAAAACAGGCCAGUACAGACAUUCGCUAUGACCGCAGGACUAUUCAGGGAGUAUUUCUUCACAGCAUCUAUCAGGGUUUGUGCGCAAAGCACACUGACAUCAGACAACAGCUGAGACCGCUUCUCUCAAACAGCGAAGUCGCCGAUGAGGAGAUUCUCAGCCAGGUUACAAAAAUGAUGAGUGAUGAAAAUGAACAUCAGCGUAGGCUAGGCCAUGCUCCCCGUCAAAAAACAACACAUGCACACAGUAUCCAAGUGGAAGAAAGAGAGGGGACCGUAGACCAGGGUGGUAGUGAGAUGAUACAGCAGCUCAGUGUACAAGUAGAGGCUUUAGCUAACAUGGUCGCAACUCUAAUGGACCAACAGACAGCAACCCACUCAAAAGCUGUACCUACCCAAACAGCAGACCAAGACAAGUUGCAUACCACCCAGCCUCUUGCUCACCAAGCACCCACUCCUCCACCAAGUCAGCCCUCUGUUGUGAGGAGAGGUAAAAUAUUCAGCUGCACCAACUGCAUGCAGCAAGGCUCAGAGAACUGUAACCACUGUUUUUUGUGUGGGGACCCCGGGCAUAGAGCAGUUGGCUGUCUGAAAAGACCCAAACAGUCGGGAAACGGGAGUCGGUCUCUGUUGAGGGACAGACAGAGGCCAUUCCACAGUCUCAGUCCCGCUCAGUAAUGGCCACCCACAAACAGAGACAUCGGAAUGGAAAGAAACAUAGCAAAAAAACAAGACAUUCAUGCCCUCUUAAGACACAAGCUGCUAGUAACAGUACAGUGCGCACAGUGCCACUAAUUGGUAGAAAGAGUCUGAUUAAUUGUUUUCUCAAUGGCUUUGCUGUCUCAGUACUAUUUGAUACUGGUUCACAAGUAAGCAUCAUUGAUAGAGCCUGGAAAGAGGCAUUCAUCCCUCAAAAUGCAGUAAGGCCUCUACAAGAGCUCCUGGAGCCUGGGGAACGCUUUGACUUGUGUGCAGCAAAUGGCCAGUCCAUCCCAUAUGAUGGGUGGGUGGAGCUAGCAGUCAAUCUCCCAGGGAAUGUUGACCCCAACCUCACAAUGGAAGUCCCCUUCCUUGUUAGCCAGAUCCCGCUUCCCCAGCCACUACUGGGAGCCAAUGUUCUCCAGGGGAUGGUAAAUAACCAGCAAACUGAUGCAGACGCACAAACUAUGAUCCUUAGCCUCCUCAGCAAAGCCCUAGGAGUAGAGGAAGAGCAGGCUAGGGCCAUGGUCAACUUCAUCAGUGUUCAGAAAGAGCCAAAUUACAGUAUGGCUGCCAUUCGAGUAGGUAGGGAAAAUAUCAAUCUCCCACCUGGUAAAACGGUGCGUGUGCGAUGUAAAGUACCACCUACCUUUGACAUUUCCAAUCCUGUGGUCCUGUAUGAACCACCGGAAGAGAGUUCCAUCCUCGA